CGUAUUUAAUAAAGUUAACAGGAUUCAUAAAAUUGAACACAAUUACAAAACCAGGGAAUUAAUUAACAGUUUACAGAGUAAAAAGAAAAAUACCUGUAAGAGAAAGAAAACAAAUCCCAUUUAUAUGCAUUCUGGAAAUAAAGACGAAAAAACAUUUAGUAUAUAUACAGAUAACCUUCCUAACCUAGAAAAUGUUUCUAACCAAGCAGUACGUUUUUAUUAUCAGUUUAAUGGAUGUUUUGAAGUGCUUAAAUCUAACUAUUUAGAAACACGUUUUUAUCCAAUAAAAUGGACGUUAAAGAACUGUGGCAAAUAGGGCUCCCAAUGUUUAUCAAUGUAGUAAUGUCUGUUGUUGCAUUUUUUACAACAAUGAAACUGAUACCAAAGUUUAAAAACACAUUUAUCAAAGCACACCUUUUUGGUAUAGAUAUGAAUAAACGUACAAGCGAGAAAAUACCUGAAUCAUUGGGAGUGUUAAGCGGAUGCAUUUUCCUUAUAACACUUUUUUUAUUUAUACCGGUUCCCUUUGGAAGUCGUUUUUUUAAUGGAGAAAUUCCCCAUGAUGAAUUUGUAGAAUUAUUAUCAGCAUUGCUGUCCAUAUGCUGUAUGACUCUCUUAGGAUUUGCUGAUGAUGUUUUGGACUUGAGGUGGAGACAUAAAUUGUUCCUUCCAACCAUAGCUUCACUGCCUUUGCUGAUGGUGUAUUACGUCAACUUUAAUUCAACUACUAUAAUAGUUCCAAAACCUUUGAGAGAAUGGUUGGGAUUAACAGUGAAUUUGGGAAUUUUAUAUUACAUAUUUAUGGGUCUUCUGGCAAUAUUUUGUACCAAUGCUAUAAAUAUAUUGGCUGGGAUAAAUGGUCUCGAAGUAGGUCAGAGCCUUGUUAUUUCUUCGUCACUUAUAAUCUUUAAUAUAAUUGAAUUAUCUGGGAACCAAUGGAAAGCACAUCGAUUUAGCUUAUUUUUCCUUGUCCCAUACACUGCUACUUCACUGGCUCUAUUCUGGUACAAUUGGUAUCCAUCAUUGGUGUUUGUUGGCGACACGUUUUGUUACUAUUCGGGAAUGACCUUUGCCGUUGUAGGCAUUUUAGGACAUUUUAGUAAAACAACGCUGCUUUUUUUUAUUCCUCAAAUAUUUAAUUUCCUGUAUUCAAUACCUCAAUUAUUUCAUUUAGUACCUUGUCCGAGACAUCGAUUGCCGAAAUUAGAUUCUAAAUUAGAUAAGUUGAACAUAAGUACGACUACCUUUAAAUAUAAUGAUCUAUCAUUUUUAGGAAAGUUAAUUGUUAAUAUUUUUAGAAUAUUUAGGAUAAUAAAAUGGCAAGAAAAAGAUGGUUAUGUGAUAACAAAUAAUUUUACAUUAAUUAAUUUAGUGUUACUUAUAACUGGACCAAUGCAUGAAGCUCGUUUGACCAUAUUUUUGUUGAUUAUACAAAUAAUUUGUACUGUAAUGGCUUUUAUCAUAAGAUAUCCUUUAGCUUACAUAUUUUAUGAUAUUUAAUCUAUCAUAUGAUUUGCUUCUACUUUUUUGGAAAAUAAAUAGUGUUGCUGAU